GUUCCGGUUUAGACGCCUGGGAAGCUAGCUAGCUACUUCGAUACAGGUUUCAGUAAGAUACUUAACGAAUUAACGUAUAUGCCGACAUUUAUGUUUGUAUGUAUUCACAAAUUAUCUUUAAAAAAAUGCUAACGUGAGAGGAAGGUAGCUAGCUGACGUUAGCUUUGCUAGCUCAGCCAGUGUCGGUUUCAAGUAAAUGUAAACAGCAACGUUAUGCUUUUAAUAACUUAAAUGACCUUUCCCAGUAGCCUAAUAUUGAAUCCAUAUUCCCUAGAUUGCUUCUUUGACCCAUCAUCUCUUCACUGGCAACUUUCUCAACAGAGAUUAGAUACGUCUACGUUCCAGCAUGUCUCACAACUACUCCUACAGACGACCACAACCAGCUAAAGAUCUAAGAGAUAGCUCUUUCGACUCUCCAGAUCACCUGCACCCUGGAGACCACAGUGACAAUGUUUACAGAUCGUCUCAGGAGCCACCAUCUCAUUGCACAAUACCAUCCUACCCAUACUCCUCAUCCAGAGCCUCCGCUGCCACCGAGUCCCCUUACUCCUCCUCACUAAACAGGUCAGACCAAACUCUCUUGAGCAGCUGUGGGCUCGAGCCCAAAGACUUGUCUCUACUAGCCGAGAUGCCUGAGGAUCUCAACAACGUGGAGAACCUACCACAUCUGGUCCUGGAGAUCAAGAAGAAGAGGGCGACACAGCAGUCGCCAUAUCCAGCUAUGAUCUCUUACCCUCUUGCUGCCACAUCUCGUCCCCCCUCUGCUACCCCGCCUCCAGGCCGUGUGUGGGAGCAGGGUGACCGGAGUCGUUCUCAACAAUUAGACUACCCGUUGGACAUCCACCCCUCUCUUCCCCCUUCCCAACUUCUUCCCACAGAACAGGCUGAGCCCUGGCAACUAGAUCAGCAUGGCAACUCGAUGCAGUACACACGCUCUCGCCUAGAACCUGUGCCUGUCCGAGUUGUGGACUACCACUAUGGUAAAGAAACUCCCAGAAGUUACCAAACUCCUAGGUCCACUUACAGCACGGCCCAAGGAGGAAGCAGCAACAGCUGGAAACCCCCCAACUCAUCCCAACCAGCAGUAGAUUACAGGUACUCACCACCACCGACUACAGACUACAGACCACGCCCAGACCAAGAUGUCCCAGUUGUCACAAUCAAGAUGGCCACCUCUGGCAACACUCCCACCAAGAAGGCUGCUCUUGACUUCCACGGAGAAAUCCCCAAAACGUUUCCUCAUUCGUGCUCUCUCUGUAAUAUUACCGUGCUCUCUGAAAAGUACUGGUUCCCACAUGCCAAUGGAACUCAACAUGCAGAGGGACAGCUCACACUUCUUAAAAUGUAUCCUGAGUGGGAUUGCCAGAUGCAGACCACCAGAAAUGGUGAUGAGACCGAAGAAGAGACAAAGAGACCGAAGAAACCGAAGAAGAGAAGAAAAGAGAAGACUGGUGGACCUUCCCAUAGGUUGAUUAACUACUUGGGUAAACCGUCAAGUAGCGGCUCUAGAGAAAGCAAAGACCCUAAGACAAAGGUUACUAAGAGGAGUGGCAAAGUGGUUUGUGCCAAAUUUUCCGCCCGGUGUCUCAACGAAGAUGGUUUGAAGGACCUGAUUAAACCGUUUGGGGAAGUUGUGAAAAUCAUCAUGUUCCCUGCUUUGCUUCAGGCGUUUGUGGAGAUGGGCUCAAAGGACCAGGCUGCCGAUAUUGUGACAUACUACCUCAGUAACCCAGUGAUGGUGAAAGGAGGACAAGUCACCUUCUCUGUCUCUUCAACAUUUAAUUUCCUGCAGAGUUCCCGGGUGUUGCGUUUUUCCCCUGUGCCUUCUGGCAAAGAGUCUGCCGCGUGGAAGAGAGAGUUACUGGCCGUAGCUGAAGGAUUUGGACCUGUAAAGCGCACUCUAUUCUUACCCACGCAGGCAUUUGUGGAAAUGACAAAUGCACUAGAUGCACAGAAGCUGGUUGGACACCAUACGUCUAAACACCUGAAAAUAGAUGAGAUACAUAUUAAAGUGGCCUUCUCUUCAGAGUAUAAUACACUUCGGACCAUAUCUGACAGGAAGUCUUCAGACAGGAAGUCUCCAGACAGGAGCAGGAAUUCUGAAGACCGAUCUAAGAGGAAGAGAACCCCAAGCCACAGAAGGCAGUCCCUCAGCCCCAGGAGAGAUUCCCCAACCACCUCAAAAAGGAGGAGGAGUAGAGAGAGGGAUAGCGACCAUCACAAAGAACGAGUGAAAUCAAACUGUGGGGGUAAAGGCAGUCCAAGGUCUCCCAGCAAACAAAGUUCCAGCCGGUCAUCCGGAAGCCCUCGCAGGCCAAGGUCCCCCAGCAAACAGAGCUCCAGCCGGUCUUCCAGAAGCCCUCGCAGGCCAAGAUCCCCCAGCAAACAGAGCUCCAGCCGGUCUUCCAGAAGCCCUCGCAGGCCAAGAUCCCCCAGCAAACAGAGCUCCAGCCGGUCUUCCAGAAGCUCUCGCAGGCCAAGAUCCCCAAGCAAACAGAGCUCCAGCCGGUCUUCCAGAAGCCCUCGCAGGCCAAGGUCCCCCAGCAAACAGCGCUCCAGCCGGUCUUCCAGAAGCCCUCGCAGGCCAAGGUCCCCCAGCAAACAGAGCUCCAGCCGGUCUUCCAGAAGCCCUCGCAGGCCAAGGUCCCCCAGCAAACAGAGCUCCAGCCAGACCUCCAGAAGACCUCGCUCCCAUACUAAAGAGAGGGUCUCCAGUGAGAAGAAGACCCCAGGUUCUGGUAAAACAGACCCCAAGAAGGACAAGGUAUCUCCCAGUUCCACUCGCUCACAACCUCCCACCAAGGAUAAGACCCCAUCCCUGUCCUCCACUGUGAUGGAGAAGUCCGAAGAGGCUGUCGACAAGACUGACCAGAGCAAGAAAAAAACUGAGACUCGGGAGGAUGGAGCCACGGAGGCCUGUGAUAUGGACAGUGACAUCGAGGGGAUGGCCGUGUAUGGGGAGGAUGGGGAGAAGAACUCUGACAUGGGCGAGGAGGAAGAGGAAGAGGGGCAAGUAGGGGAGAAAGAGGGAGAGGUAGGAGAGGCAGAAGUAGUGGAGGAAGAGGGAGAGGGAGAGGUAGGGGAGAAACAGGAAGAGGGGCAAGUAGUGGAGGAAGAGGAAGAGGUAGAGGAGGAAGAGAAGGGAGAGAAACAGCAGGAGAGUGCUGAGGACUUGAUCCAAGAGCUCUCAGCUACCGGAUCAGAACAGGGGAAAGCGUUCUCAGCUACCGGAUCAGAACAGGGGAAAGCGUUCUCAGCUACCGGAUCAGAACAGGGGAAAGCGUUCUCAGCUACCGGAUCAGAACAGGGGAAAGCGUUCUCAGCUACCGGAUCAGAACAGGGGAAAGCGUUCUCAGCUACCGGAUCAGAACAGGGGAAAGCGUUCUCAGCUACCGGAUCAGAACAGGGGAAAGCGUUCUCAGCUACCGGAUCAGAACAGGGGAAAGCAUUCUCAGCUACCGGAUCAGAACAGGGGAAAGCAUUCUCAGCUACCGGAUCAGAACAGGGGAAAGCGUUCUCAGCUACCGGAUCAGAACAGGGGAAAGCGUUCUCAGCUACCGGAUCAGAACAGGGGAAAGCGUUCUCAGCUACCGGAUCAGAACAGGGGAAAGCGUUCUCAGCUACCGGAUCAGAACAGGGGAAAGCGUUCUCAGCUACCGGAUCAGAACAGGGGAAAGCGUUCUCAGCUACCGGAUCAGAACAGGGGAAAGCGUUCUCAGCUACCGGAUCAGAACAGGGGAAAGCGUUCUCAGCUACCGGAUCAGAACAGGGGAAAGCGUUCUCAGCUACCGGAUCAGAACAGGGGAAAAAGAGAGAUGAUGAAGACCAGAAAGCAGAUGCUUCAUAUGUUGAUGAGGAGGAGCAUGAUUUCCCAGAGGGCCAUGAGAACCCUAUCACUUUGGAUGACCUAGAGCAGGAUUCGUCAGCUGAUGACCAAGAUAACCAGUCAACAGAUGAGCCCAAGAGCAGGUCCAAGAGCAGGUCCAAGAGCAGGUCCAAGAGCAGGUCCAAGAGCAGGUCCAAGAGCAGGUCCAAGAGAAGGUCCAAGAGAAGGUCCAAGAGCAGGUCCGAGAGCAAGUACUCAGGACGUGAUCAGACACCUGGUAGAGUGAUCUACGUCAGAAACCUUCCCAAAGGCUUCUAUACAGAGAAGGACUUCCUGAAGAUUGUUAAAGGCUUUGGGAGAGUGCACUGCUAUUAUCUCCAUCGCAGUGGUGUAGAGGGCUUCAUUGAGAUGGAGAGUUCUUCUGAUGCGACAAAGGCUUUAAGAGAGCUGCGUUACUAUGGCUAUAAAUUAUACGACCAGUACGUGGUGGCCUCGCGGUCUGAUAAAUACAGAAGACUAAUAUCAGGGUUGAAACCUGAAUCAGACUCUGAUUCUGAAAGUGAUCUGAAGAAAGAUCACAGGAAUACUAGAAGCACCAGGAGCAGGAUAAGGGGAUGGACCAGCAGUCACUCAAAGUCAGCAGCUAAGGACGAGGAGACGAAAGAGGAGGACGAGGAGACGAAAGAGGAGGACGAGGAGACGAAAGAGGAGGACGAGGAGACGAAAGAGGAGGACGAGGAGACACGGACGAGGAGACGGACGAGGAGACGGACGAGGAGACGGACGAAAGAGGCGGACGAGGAGACGAAAGAGGCGGACGAGGAGACGAAAGAGGCGGACGAGGAGACGAAAGAGGCGGACGAGGAGACGAAAGAGGCGGACGAGGAGACGAAAGAGGCGGACGAGGAGACGGACGAGGAGACGAAAGAGGAGGACGAGGAGACGGACGAGGAGACGAAAGAGACGGACGAGGAGACGAAAGAGGAGUACGAGGAGACGAAAGAGGAGUACGAGGAAACGGACGAGGAGACGAAAGAAGAGGACGAGGAGACGAAAGAGGAGGACGAGGAGACGAAAGAGGAGGAUGAGGAGACGGCACGACAAGUACACUCCGAACAGCGUAGUAAACAAUCGUCUGAUCCAGCUAAACACUUUCACAUGGACAGAGGAGCGUCUAAAUUGAAUACUGACAAAUUCUCCAACAGUGAAGACCAAAGCAAGGCCUCUGUCUCUGCUGCUGAGGAUGAGAAGCGGGCCUGUAGCACCGAGGACAAUGUAGAAACCAAGAUGGAGGAUAAUGUGGAAAUAGGACCAGAUUACGUGAAGACUGGUAUGGAGUCAUCAUUCCAGCCCAACAACCCAGUGGGAACGGAAUUCAUUCAACCUGUCAUGGGCUACUUCUGCAACCUGUGUCAAGCCAUUUAUGUCAAUGAGGACGAAGCAAAGUACCAACACUGCAGCAGCCUCUGUCACUAUCUGAAGUUUAUGGAACAUUCAGGUAAAGACAAAGCCUCUAGCUAA